ACCUGUCCAGGUUCUGCCUGCUCCAGCCGGAAGCUUACUCCACGGACUGUGCACAGUUCCUGAAGGACUUGUGCCCUGGGGCGACCUGGUGUCUGGGGGUCUCCUUGGAGCCAGGGGUCUUUUUGGUGAAGGCUGAGGCUCACCGGUGUCGUCAGGCCCCUCCAUGAAUGGGACAAAUGAAAACCUUGUGGGAUCCUCGGAGCUUCCCACAGCAUCAGCCGUGGCCCCUGACCCAGGUUCUGGGACUCGGGCGUGGCCGGUGCUGGUAGGGGUUGUGCUGGGGGCUGUGGUCCUCUCGCUCCUCAUUGCACUUGCUGCCAAAUGCCACCUCUGCCGCCGAUACCAUGCCAGCUACCGGCACCGCCCGCUGCCUGAGACAGGGAGGGGGAGUCGCCCAGAGAUGGGUGAAGAUGAGGAUGAUGAUGGCUUCAUUGAGGACAAUUACAUUCAGCCUGGGACUGGCGAGGUGGGGACAGAGGGUAGCAGGGACCCCUUCUCCCUCUGAGCCCUGAUCUUUGGGCACUCCCUCUUCCCUCAAUGCCUGACAGCUUAAGAACUGCAGCUACCACUUGGGAGCUUUGAGCCUCAGGGAUAGAGGUGGCUGGAAGAAUAGAGGUGUCAGGGAAGG